AUGUUUUGGAAACAAAAGUCCAAGGUUCAAUGGCUUAAAGAAGGCGAUAAAAAUUCGAAGUUUUUUCAUGCUAAAACGCAGCAGAGAAGGAAGAGGAAUCCUAUUUCUGGACUUGAAAAUUCUAAAGGCGUUUGGUGUGAGGAUGAUCAUCAGGUUUGUCAUAUCAUACUGACUUAUUUCCAAGAUCUGUAUAAACCAGAGCAAGAUUAUGAUUUCAAUAAUUUCCUUCAAGCUACCACUUCGCUUAUUUUAGAGGUGGACAAUUUGAUGAGAUUGGGUACAGAAGAGGAGUUAAAGGAUGCUUUAUUUGCUAUGGAUUCUCUGAAGGCUCCAGGACCUGAUGGUUUCUCUCCUUUAUUUUUUCAACGUCCCCAUGGGAUGUUUAUCCCUUCUCGAGGUUUGAGACAAGGAGAUCCUUUAUCCCCUUAUCUUUUUCUCUUGUGUGCCCAAGACGAUUGUCUCCUUUUUUGCAAGGCUGAGACUGAAGAAGUUCAACGAUUGGCAGAGAUAUUGAAGGAGUAUGAAUUGGCAUCCGGCCAAGCUAUUAAUAUGGAUAAAUCAGCAUUAUUUUUCAGCAAGAACACUCCUCUUUCAGAUAGAGAUUAUAUCCGCACAAUUCUUGGGGUUUCCAGAGAUGGUAUGAAUGAAAAAUAUUUAGGUCUUCCAUCAGUUGUGGGAAGAUCUAAAUCUAAAGUUUUUGCCUAUAUUGAAAGGAAGAUUUCUGCUAAAGUUAAAGGGUGGCAAGGAGAAUUUUUAUCGACUAGAGGGAAGGAAACAAUGGUGAAAAGUGUACUUCAGGCUAUUCCAGCUUAUACAAUGUCAUGCUUCAAGGUGUCUCACAAAAUUUGUAAUACGCUAAAGAGAAAUAUUUCCCAGUUCUGGUGGAGUGGUAAUCUGGAGAAACAAAAAAUUCAUUGGGCUAGCUGGAAGAAAUUGAUAGAGAAUAAAGCAGAACGGGGGUUGGGAUUUAAAGACAUGGAAGCUUUCAAUACAGCUUUGUUAGCAAAACAAGCAUGGAGUCUACAAGUGGAACGGAAAGCCAGAAAAGUGAUUGAGAAUGGGCUGGCAUGGAAGAUUGCAAAUGGUCAAAGUGUUAGAAUUUGGGAGGACAAGUGGAUUCCUGAUAAAAACAAUUCUACUCUUUGUACUCCCGAACCUUCUAAUUUUAGCAUUUACAGAGUAGUUGAUUUGGUGGAUCAAUCUAUAGGAGGAUGGAAUGAGUUCUUGAUUAAACAGAUUUUUAAAGAAGAAGAUUGGAAAAGAAUUUUACAGAUCCAAUUGCGGGUUACAGAAGGAGUGCAUAAACAUGGUGGUUUUUUUUCAGCAAAUGGCUCUUUUAGUGUAAAAUCUGCAUAUCAGGUUGCGCUUAAGUUAAAAAGAAGUGGGAUGCGGCAUGCCAAUAGAGGUGAAUGUGGCACAAGUGGGAUAGAAGAACGUCAACAGUAG